UCGCUGCUGGCUGUGCUCCUGCUGCUGGACGGAGGCAUGUUCUCCUCGCCCUCCCCACCCCCGGCACCGUUAGAGAAAGUCUUCCAGUACAUUGACCUCCAUCAGGAUGAAUUUGUGCAGAUGCUGAAGGAGUGGGUGGCCAUCGAGAGCGACUCUGUCCAGCCCAUGCCUCACUUCAGACAAGAGCUCUUCAGAAUGAUGGCGGUGGCUGCAGACAUGCUGCAGCGCCUGGGGGCCCAUGUGGCCUCGGUGGACAUGGGUUCUCAGCAGCUGCCUGAUGGUCAGAGUCUUCCAAUACCUCCCGUCAUCCUGGCCGAACUAGGGAACGAUUCCACCAAAGCCACUGUGUGCUUCUAUGGCCACCUGGAUGUGCAGCCUGCCGACCGGGCUGAUGGGUGGCUGAUGGACCCCUACAUGCUGACGGAGGUGGACGGGAAACUUUACGGACGAGGAGCGACUGACAACAAAGGCCCUGUCUUGGCUUGGAUCAACGCUGUGAGCGCUUUCCGAGCCCUGGAGCAGGAUCUUCCUGUGAAUAUCAAAUUCAUCAUUGAGGGGAUGGAAGAGGCCGGCUCUGUUGCCCUGGAGGAACUUAUGGAAAAAGAAAAGGACCGAUUCUUCUCUGGCGUGGACUACAUCGUAAUUUCAGAUAACCUGUGGAUCAGCCAAAGGAAGCCAGCAAUCACCUACGGAACCCGGGGGAACAGCUACUUCACGGUGGAGGUGAAAUGCAGAGACCAGGAUUUUCACUCAGGAACCUUUGGUGGCAUCCUUCAUGAACCAAUGGCUGAUCUGGUUGCUCUUCUUGGUAGCCUGGUAGACUCGUCUGGUCACAUCCUGGUCCCUGGAAUCUAUGAUGAAGUGGCUCCUGUUACAGAAGAGGAAAUAAAUACAUACAAAGCCAUUGAUCUGGACCUAGAAGAAUACCGGAAUAGCAGCCAGGUGGCGAAAUUUCUGUUCGAUACUAAGGAGGAGAUUCUAAUGCACCUCUGGAGGUACCCAUCUCUUUCUAUUCAUGGGAUUGAGGGCGCGUUUGAUGAGCCUGGAGCUAAAACAGUCAUACCUGGCCGAGUUAUAGGAAAAUUUUCAAUCCGUCUGGUCCCUCACAUGAAUGUGUCCAUGGUGGAAAAGCAGGUGACACGGCAUCUUGAGGAUGUGUUCUCCAAAAGAAAUAGUUCCAACGAGAUGGUUGUUUCCAUGGCUCUAGGACUACACCCAUGGAUCGCAAAUAUUAACAACACCCACUAUAUCGCGGCAAAAAGAGCCAUCAGAACAGUGUUUGGAACAGACCCAGAUAUGAUACGGGAUGGAUCCACCAUUCCAAUUGCCAAAAUGUUCCAGGAGAUUGUUCACAAGAGCGUGGUCAUGAUUCCGCUGGGAGCUGUUGAUGAUGGAGAACACUCACAGAAUGAGAAGAUCAACAGGUGGAACUACAUAGAGGGAACCAAAGUAUUUGCUGCCUUUUUCUUUGAGAUGGCCCAGCUGCACUAAUCACCAGAACCUUCUAGUCUGAUCUAAUCCACUGACAGAUUCACCUCCUCCGCAUCCCUAGACGGGGAUAGGGUCUAAACAUCCAUAGAAUUUGGGUCUGCUAUAGUACAUUUUCCCUUCCAUUUAAAAUGUCUUGGGGAUAUUUGGAUCAAUAAUAAAAUAUUUCAAAGGCACAGAUGUUGGAAAUGGUUUAAGGUCCCCCAUUGAACACCUUCCUCAAGUCACAGCGGCUUGCAGCAACCUGAUUUCCCCAAGUCCUGUCUGAGAGCCCCAGGAUUGGAUUCUUUCUAACCUUUUAGCAGGUCUCCGACCUUGCAAUCUGAUUGGCAUAAUCACUCCGGUUUGCUUUCUAGGUCCUCGAGCGCUCGUGACACGUAAUCAUUCCAUCCAAUGAUCGCCUUUGCGUUACCACUCUUUCGUUUUAUCUUAUUAAUAAAAAUGUUGGUCUCCACCACUGACUACAA